ACUCCAUGAUGCUAAAUAGGCGUGUUGGAUUAUUAAAUAAUAUUCUUGUUUUGUUCCUUACUUUUUCACCACUUAGAGCGAUGGCCUGGCGAUCUCACGGUAAAGAUAAUGACGAUUUAAUUACUCAACUCAAAGCAAAUAAAGUGAUAAAAAGUGAAAAUGUAGAGAAGGCAAUGAGACGAGUUGACAGAGGAAACUAUAGUCCAAGAAGUCCUUACCAAGAUUCUCCACAACCAAUUGGCUAUGCUGCCACAAUCAGUGCCCCACACAUGCAUGCAUAUGCCCUGCAGUUACUUGAAGAAAAAUUAUACAAAGGUGCAAAAGCUUUAGAUGUUGGUUCUGGAAGUGGAUACUUAGCUGCCUGCAUGGGAUACAUGGUGGGUGAUGAAGGAAAGGUGAUUGGUAUUGACCAUAUUGGUGGUCUAGUAAAAGACUCCGAAAAGAAUUUGAGAAAGAAAGAUGGAGACCUUCUUGAUAAAGGAAUAGUUAAACUUGUUGUUGGUGAUGGCAGACAGGGAUAUCCUUCAGAAGCUCCGUUUGAUGCAAUACAUGUUGGGGCGGCAGCACCAACUCUCCCUAAAGCACUCACAGACCAAUUAAAACCAGGUGGUAGGUUGAUUAUUCCCGUUGGCCCUGAGGGUGGCAACCAGAUGCUUGAGCAAUAUGACAAACAAGAUGAUGGGUCUGUAACCAAGAAGAAUUUAAUGGGUGUUAUCUAUGUACCCUUAACAAACAAACAACAUCAGUGGCCAGAUGAACUAUGAUGAAGUCUGAAAUGGAUUCGACGCAAAGCUUGGCUGUGCUGCCCAAAUACGGCUUUCGGUUAACCCACGAACGAACAUCUCAGCAAAGGAUUCUUCUUUGUGACGUCAUUGUGUCUGUUGUGAGUGCCUCAACUCUGAACAAAAUGUUUGCUCCUGGAACGUGCAGUAGCAUUAGACCAAGUAGCUAACAAACCCUAUUGUAGAUAAGACUUUCAAAGGAUGGUGCGAAACAGCAUGAAGACUGCCUUCCAGAGGCAUGUUUGGUGAAAAUACCAUGACUUUAAGAGUUUGACUAUAGAAUUUGCCCCUUAUAUGCACUUGCUCGCACGCAACCAACACAAGCAUAAACGGAUAGACCCUAGAUAUAGCGCUGCUAGCCUGCACGUUCCAACCCGAUUUUCCAAUUAGAACCACUAUUUUAAUCGUGCCACAAGCUUCCGCUGCUUAAUCUUACCUCUAGUUCAUUCCUCUUUCUCUCACUUUUUUGGCCUCUAGCAUUGAAUGGCCUCUAACUUUUAGCUUCAAGGACUGAGAAAGCUUGUCAAAAUUGGGCUUCCAAACUCCUUUUAGUACUCCAAUUAAUAAUUCUUCUUGUGCUGUGCAUUUCAA